AUGGCGUGCCUGGAUGGCUCUAUGGUGAAGGUGAAAACAGAAACGCCCCUAUGUGCAGACCUGCUAAUAAUGAUAAAGCCAGGCCGCUCUGCCCAGAGCGCUAGCCCGCUGCAGGUGUGGGCACAGGUGCCAGGCCGUGGGAUGGCUAACAUCGCUGCCCACACGAAAGCAACACCCAUGAGAGAUGGUUCUGGCAGCCCUUGUCCUCCUUUGUUCCCCAUCCGAGUCUUCUCAAAGGUUCUGGAAAAUGACAAGCACCUCCUUUUCAGGACAAAAGGGGGAUUGGUUGUAGAGAUUGUGAUUUCAGAUAACACCUUCUCCUUGACAGAAGGCUACGUCGGGGCCCUGCACGAGAGCAGACACGGCAGCUCAGCGCAGAUCCGCAGGCGUAAAGCUUCAGGUGACCCGUACUGGGCCUACUCCGGUGCCUAUGGUCCUGAGCACUGGGUCACAUCAAGCGUUAGCUGCAGGGGCCGUCAUCAGUCUCCCAUAGACAUUUUAGACCAGCAUGCACAGGUUGGCGAAGAGUACCAGGAGCUACAACUUGAUGGCUUUGACAAUGAGUCUUCAAACAAAACCUGGAUGAAAAACACAGGGAAAACAGUUGCCAUCCUUCUAAAGGACGACUAUUUUGUCAGUGGUGCUGGCCUGCCUGGCAGAUUCAAAGCUGAGAAGGUGGAAUUUCACUGGGGCCAUAGCAAUGGCUCUGCAGGUUCUGAACACAGCAUCAAUGGGAGGCGCUUUCCUGUGGAGAUGCAGAUUUUCUUUUAUAAUCCAGAUGACUUUGACAGCUUUCAAACCGCAAUUUCUGAAAACAGAAUAAUCGGAGCCAUGGCCAUAUUUUUUCAAGUCAGUCCAAGGGACAAUUCCGCACUGGAUCCUAUUAUCCAUGGGUUGAAGGGCGUCGUACAUCAUGAGAAGGAGACCUUUCUGGAUCCUUUCGUCCUCCGGGACCUCCUGCCUGCAUCCCUGGGCAGCUAUUACCGGUAUACAGGUUCUCUGACCACCCCACCAUGUAGUGAAAUUGUGGAGUGGAUAGUCUUCCGGAAGCCUGUCCCCAUCUCUUACCAUCAGCUCGAGGCUUUUUAUUCCAUCUUCACUACGGAGCAGCAGGACCACGUCAAGUCGGUGGAGUAUCUGAGAAAUAACUUCCGACCGCAGCAAGGGCUGAAUGACAGGGUGGUGUCCAAGUCUGCGGUCCGCGACGCCUGGAACCAUGACAUGACAGACUUCUUAGAAAACCCACUGGGGACAGAAGCCUCUAAAGUUUGCAGCUCUCCGCCCAUCCACAUGAAGGUGCAGCCUCUGAACCAGACGGCGCUGCAGGUGUCCUGGAGCCAGCCGGAGACCGUCUACCACCCACCCAUCAUGAACUACAUGAUCUCCUACAGCUGGACCAAGAACGAGGACGAGAAGGAGAAGACGUUUACAAAGGACAGCGACAAAGACUUGAAAGCCACCAUUAGCCACGUGUCACCGGAUAGCCUUUACCUGUUCCGCGUCCAAGCCGUCUGUAGGAAUGACAUGCGCAGUGACUUCAGCCAGACAAUGCUCUUUCAAGCUAACACUACUCGAAUAUUCCAAGGGACCAGAAUUGUUAAAACAGGAGUGCCCACAGCGUCUCCUGCCUCUUCGGCCGACAUGGCCCCCAUCAGCUCGGGGUCCUCUACCUGGACGUCGUCCGGCAUCCCCUUCUCAUUUGUCUCCAUGGCGACCGGGAUGGGCCCCUCCUCCAGCGGCAGCCAGGCCACCGUGGCCUCGGUGGUCACCAGCACGCUCCUGGCGGGCCUGGGGUUCAGCGGUGGUGGCAUCCCGUCCUUCCCCAGCACCGUGUGGCCCACGCGCCUGCCCACGGCCGCCUCUGCCAGCAAGCAGGCCAGCAGGCCUGUCCUAGCCACCACAGAAGCCUUGGCCUCCCCGGGCCCCGACGGCGACUCGGCGCCCACCAGGGACAGCGAGGGCGCGGAGGAAGGGGAAAAGGAUGAGGAGAGCGAGAGCGAGGACGGAGAGCGGGAGCAUGAGGAGGAGGGGGAGAAGGACUCCGAGAAGAAAAAGAGCGGGGUGACCCACGCCACCCAGGAGCGGAGCCAGGACGAGCCCACCCCCACCCCCUCGUCUCCCGACAGGACUGCAGAGGCCGGUGGGCGUCAGACUCUGCCUGGGCACGGGCGAGACCGCACUGCCGUCCCUACAGCCCGGCCCGAUGAUGGGAGGGAUGCCCUCCCGGGCCUGGACCCCGGCUCGGUCACCUCCACCCAAGUGCCCGCCACAGUUGCAGAGGAGCGUUUCGAAGGGAGUGAUCCCGGGAGGCCCCAGAUGCCAUCGAAAAAGCCCGUGUCCCGAGGGGACAGAUUUUCCGAGGAUAGCAAAUUUAUCACUGUCAAUCCAGCAGAAAAGAACACCUCUGGAAUGAUAAGCCGUCCUUCUCCAGGGAGGAUGGAGUGGAUCAUCCCUCUGAUUGUGGUAUCAGCCUUGACCUUCGUGUGCCUCAUCCUUCUCAUUGCUGUGCUAGUUUAUUGGAGAGGGUGUAACAAAAUAAAGUCCAAGGGCUUUCCCAGACGUUUCCAUGAAGUGCCUUCUUCUGGGGAGAGAGGAGAGAAGGGGAGCAGAAAAUGUUUUCAGACAGCUCAUUUCUAUGUGGAAGAUAGCAAUUCACCUCGGGUGGUCCCCAAUGAAAGUAUCCCUAUCAUUCCUAUUCCGGAUGACAUGGAAGCCAUUCCUGUCAAACAGUUUGUUAAACACAUCGGUGAGCUGUAUUCUAAUAACCAGCAUGGGUUCUCCGAGGAUUUUGAGGAAGUCCAACGCUGUACGGCCGAUAUGAACAUCACUGCAGAACAUUCCAAUCAUCCAGAUAACAAGCACAAAAACAGAUACAUCAACAUUUUAGCAUAUGAUCACAGUAGGGUGAAGUUAAGACCUUUACCAGGAAAAGACUCUAAGCACAGCGACUACAUUAAUGCAAACUAUGUCGAUGGCUACAACAAAGCGAAAGCCUAUAUCGCCACCCAGGGACCUUUAAAGUCUACAUUUGAAGAUUUCUGGAGGAUGAUUUGGGAACAAAACACUGGAAUCAUUAUCAUGAUUACGAACCUUGUGGAAAAAGGAAGACGAAAAUGCGAUCAGUAUUGGCCAACAGAGAAUAGUGAGGAGUACGGAAACAUUAUUGUCACACUGAAGAGCACAAAAGUACACGCCUGCUACACUGUGCGUCGUUUUUCAGUCAGAAAUACAAAAGUGAAGAAGGGUCAGAAGGGAAACCCCAAGGGUCGUCAAAAUGAAAGGGUAGUGAUCCAGUAUCACUACACACAGUGGCCUGACAUGGGAGUUCCUGAGUACGCCCUCCCGGUCUUGACCUUUGUGAGGAGAUCCUCAGCAGCCCGCACGCCGGAAAUGGGCCCUGUGUUGGUGCACUGCAGCGCUGGUGUGGGCAGGACAGGCACCUACAUUGUAAUAGACAGCAUGCUGCAACAGAUAAAAGACAAAAGCACAGUUAACGUCCUUGGAUUCCUGAAGCAUAUCAGGACACAGCGUAACUACCUCGUCCAGACUGAGGAGCAGUACAUUUUCAUCCACGAUGCCUUGUUGGAAGCCAUUCUAGGAAAGGAGACUGAAGUAUCUUCAAAUCAGCUGCAUAGCUAUGUUAACAGCAUCCUCAUACCAGGAGUAGGAGGAAAGACGCGGCUGGAAAAACAAUUCAAGCUGGUCACGCAAUGUAAUGCGAAGUAUGUGGAAUGCUUUAGUGCUCAGAAAGAGUGUAACAAAGAAAAGAACAGAAACUCUUCGGUCGUGCCAUCCGAGCGUGCUCGAGUGGGUCUUGCACCAUUGCCUGGAAUGAAAGGAACAGAUUACAUUAAUGCUUCUUAUAUCAUGGGCUAUUAUAGGAGCAAUGAAUUUAUUAUAACCCAGCAUCCUCUGCCACAUACUACGAAAGAUUUCUGGCGAAUGAUUUGGGAUCAUAAUGCACAGAUCAUUGUCAUGCUGCCAGACAACCAGAGCUUGGCAGAAGAUGAGUUUGUAUACUGGCCAAGUCGAGAAGAAUCCAUGAACUGUGAGGCCUUUACCGUCACCCUUAUCAGCAAAGACAGACUGUGCCUCUCAAAUGAAGAGCAAAUUAUCAUCCAUGACUUUAUCCUUGAAGCCACACAGGAUGACUAUGUCCUAGAAGUUCGGCACUUCCAGUGUCCCAAAUGGCCUAACCCAGAUGCCCCCAUCAGCAGUACUUUCGAACUUAUCAAUGUCAUCAAGGAAGAGGCCUUAACAAGGGACGGCCCCACCAUUGUUCAUGAUGAGUAUGGAGCAGUUUCAGCAGGAAUGCUGUGUGCCCUUACCACCCUGUCCCAGCAACUGGAGAAUGAAAAUGCUGUGGAUGUUUUCCAGGUUGCAAAAAUGAUCAAUCUUAUGAGGCCUGGAGUAUUCACAGACAUUGAACAAUACCAGUUUGUCUAUAAAGCAAUGCUCAGCCUGGUCAGCACUAAAGAAAAUGGAAAUGGUCCCAUGACAGUGGACAAAAAUGGUGCUGUUCUCAUUGCAGAUGAAUCAGACCCUGCCGAGAGCAUGGAAUCUCUAGUGUGA